AUGCAAUUGAUUUCCGCAUGUCUCAAUGCUCUUAAAUAUCGUGGUAAGACAGCCAUACUAGCCUUUUCUUAUAAUAAUGUCUGCGUAACCUGCCUUUUGCAAAAAUGUGUAGCCCUUUGGGAGUCCACGGAUGAGCCUUCACUAAAAGCGUUCUUAGAGUUCCGAUUAAAGACAAACGAUUUGAAAGACAAGGAUACAGAACACCGUAGAUAUAAAAUUGAAUUGGAAAUCAUUAAACAUCACCAUGAUAAAAAUUCUGAAAUCGGGGCAAAGUUGCGACUUGUUGGUGCGCACAUCAUAAAGUAUUGUUCUACAUUAUCAACUACCAUGCUGGUUGUGACUGGUGAUGGGAAAGGUUGCAACUUGUUGAUGAGAGUAUGUAGACACUUCAACGGACUACCAUGCUGGUUGCGACUGGUAUCGGGAAAGAAUGAUAAAUUAUCGGAUCAGGUAAACUAUUUUUGGGACCUUCAAGUGAAAAGAAAAAAUACUCUAGCGGAGAUCAAUUUGUUUUGCAUGAGAAGCGAGUUAAAUGAGAAGAAACAAGACGAUCUGAGAGACCAAAUCUGUAUUGAACAGACCCGACAUGUUCUAGACGCGACAAGAGAAACCCGGUCUCAAAGUACCUUACUACAAAAAACGAUCACCAAAAGGCGCUUGUUGAAUGAGUCUCAUGAGCGAACCUAUAAUGAGGAAGGACAGUCAGGAAAAAAUGAUGACCAGACUAAUCGAGAUUCUCACAUAAAAAGGGCAAAAAAAAUUGACGAUUUUUUCUCUGUGCUACCUCAUCCCUCUCAAAAUCAACAACCACGCACCCCUCCCUAUCAAAUAUAUUCAUUAAGCGCCUCUAUGUCCCCUUGGAACAAAGAGUGUGAUAACGAGGGAUCAUAUGGUCAAUCCCCUCCUUAUAAUA